GUCAAGCAACAUCUAUUUAAUCUUUGAUAAUACUGAAUUUCAUUGAACAAAAGAAGUCAUCAAGGUCUCUACCUUCUGUUCCAAGGUGAGUAUGAUUUUCCUGAAUUUUUAAGACCAGAGAUCAGAAUUGCAUGUUUUUGUGCUAAAGGGGAUACGGGACUCCCUUUUCAUGUUACCAGUUAUUUUUAUUUUGAAUGUUUUAAGCGCUCUCACAUGCUCUUUUUUGUUGAUACCCAGGAAACACAUUAAAUUGUAACCAUCCUGUGGUCAUGGAACUUAUACUUGACAGCUUAAGGCACUGGGUCAUUGAGUAUCAUGUGGAUGGCUUUCGCUUCGAUCUUGCCAGUGUUCUUUGUCGAGGAACAGAUGGUUCUCCACUUAAUGCUCCUCCACUUAUCAGGGCAAUCACAAAAGAUAAUAUACUCUCGAGGUGUAAAAUUAUUGCGGAACCUUGGGAUUGUGCAGGUCUUUAUCUUGUUGGAGGAUUUCCAAAUUGGGACCGGUGGGCUGAGUGGAAUGGGAAGUACCGUGAUGAUAUAAGAAGAUUUAUUAAGGUGAUGCCAGUUGGAGAAACACGCUAUGUUGUCAUAGAUUAG